CCGGAUAGCUCGAGGAUUCGAUACCAGUUUGUAGACGCUGGUAUAAAAGAGAACGCAAGUGCUCUUGAAAUUAUUCUGUCAUCAAAACACACGGAUUAAACAUGUUCGGAAAGCUGGUCGUAGUUCUAUGCGCCGCGGGCAUCGCCUCCGCCGGCAACCUGCUGCACGCCGCGGCUCCCGUAGCGUACGCCGCUCCCGUCUCCUCCUCGGUGUCAUACGCCACGCACACGGCGCACACCGGCCCCGUCGCAACGUACGCUGCUGGCCCCGUCGCGUCAUAUGCUGCCGCCCCCGUUUCCUCAUACUCCGUCAAAUCCGUCGCUCCUGCCGUCUCCUACCAGACCAUCUCGACUCACUCCGCUCCCGUGGCGUACGCCUCCCCCGCUGUGACGCAUUACGCCGCCGCCCCAGUUGUCGCUAAGACUUACGCCGCGCCCGCCAUCUCUACCUACCAUUCUGCCCCCGUGGCUUACGCCAAGACGUAUGCUGCUCCCGCGGUGUCUUACUCUUCCUACUCUUCCCAAUCAACCCAUGCUGCUCCCGUGGCGUACGCUGCCGCUGCUCCCGUCAUUGCCAAGACCUACGCCGCCCCCGCCGUGCACACCUAUGCCGCCCCCGCUGUAGCUUCUUACGCUGCCCCGGUUGUAACUAAGUCGAUUGCUCCCGCGGUGUCUUACUCAUCUUACUCCACUCACUCUGCGCCUGUGGCAUACGCUGCCGCCGCCCCCGUGGUCGCUAAGACUUACGCCGCACCCGCUAUCUCUACUUACCAUUCUGCCCCCGUGGCUUACGCCAAGACGUACGCUGCUCCCGCCGUGCAAGCCUACCACGCUGCUCCCGCCGUGCAAGCCUACCAUGCUGCUCCCGCCGUGGCCACCUACGCCGCCGCUCCCGUGGUCAAGACUGCCGUCACAUACUCCGCUGCCCCUGCUGUAUCCCACGUGACCUACUCUGGCGCUUACGGCAACUACGGCUGGUAAAUUACCCGGACGAACUGUUACAUAUUGUUAAUGUUUUAU